AUGGGCAGUAAUUUAUUUAUUGUUACUUAGAUUUGUGUGCAAGUGUUAGAAAUUCAGAGUUGACUGUUGAAGAUGCUAGUGAAAUUCUAUCUAUAAAAAUAGAUGAUAAUGAAGUUGUUAUUCUACAAGGAGAUAUUAGAGAAACUUAAAAUAAAAGCAUUUGUAUGGCUUAUAAUAUUAAUGUUUUAGUAAAUGCUUGCUUUGAUCCUUAUAACAAUAUCAUUUUAAAAUAAUGUCGAGUUAAACCAGAGCAAUGUAUCAAUUAUUCUUUGUAAAUUUAGUAAAAUAAGGAGUGCCAUCCUUAAUUUAAUUACCAAGAGGAAUCGUUAAAUCUGAGUUCAUGAUCAAUCUCAAAAUAAAUUUUGAUGAACUCUCUAAAUAAGAUCUCAUUGAUGCUUUUGAAGAAAGGUAACAUUAAAUUUAUUAGAAUUUGUAGCUUUGAACAAUUAUAUUUUAAAGAAAUUGAUUCCAUCUCAUAUUAUGAUUAAUGUGAAUAAUACAGUAAAGAGAUUUAAAUCAUAAAUUGUGAAUGUUUCAUUGAAGCAUUAAUAAAUGAGCUUCACAAUAAUAGACGCUCUAGAAAAUAUUAUAUUUAUCAUCCAAAUAUUAAUAUUUGUUUGAUGUACAAAAACGAAUUUAAAUCCUAAUACUCUUCAUAUUGUAGAGCCAAAUACUCUAUGAUUGAAUAAUAAAAUUUUAUUUAUGGAGAUGUUCUCUAAACAAUCCAUGAAGAAUUCACAGAAAAAAAUUCAUAAUUAGCUUUAUCAAUAACAAAAUUAUUUAAAGAUUAUCCACAAUCAUUUGAAAAAAAAGAAAGUCAUGAGAAAUUUGUCCCUUAAAUGACUGCUUUAUCCUAAAAUUGA